UGUUAUUUCUAACCACGCAGCCAUUUCACCUCAUCACACAACCCCGAGUAUUCAUUACACGAGGCGUAUCCUGAUCGCCUGCUUGUCCUGUUUAUUUUGUACAUGUUCAGCCCCGCCCUGCAGACGCGCUCAAUCCACGCCGUUGCGUAAUUUGACGAGCCAGCGCAAAAAAAAAAAAAAGAAAAGAAAAGAAAAAAAGAAAAAAAAUAGGGGAGAAUGAACGUUUGACAGCUGGCUCGUUGCGCUCGUACAGAUUGUUUUUUUCCAAACCUCAAACAACUGAUACACCUAUGCUUAAUUUACUGGUGAAAGACUUCGGAUAGUUAAGACAGUAACCUCUAGCCUUUAUGGCCGCUGCCGUGAGGAAUAACGUUUGGGUCGCUCCGGGGCAGGACGCGCAGCUCCUCCGUAAAAGCGCCGCGCCGCUGACAGCCGACGGUCUGAGGGGCGAAGAUCAUGGACAAGUGCUCUGCAACACGAGGGAUGCCAUCCCGGGAACUUCCUCCUUUCAAGAUUAUAAUUUGGGUAAAUCAGAGAUGGACAGCUACCUGUCUCAGCCACAGGACGUAGUCAGUUCCAAACUGUUGUGCAGGGACGGCUCUAUGAUGCUCGAGCAGCCUUUCGCAGAGGACUUGGCCCCUCCUUACAGCGUCAACAUGAGCCUGCUGCUCCCUGACGUCACGUACCUGCACCCCGGCCUCUGCAGGACUAUGAGACAGAUCAAAACGGAGCCCUCACACUCUCUGAUGCACGCCACCUGUCAGAGCAGCGGGGUGCCACCGACGCUCCCAGAGUACCCAGGUGUUUUCGGCGCGGCCGACGCUGCUAGCGGGAACUUUUUCAUCAAGCAGGAAGUGCCAGACUUCCAGGACGUUCCCCUGUUUCAGCUGCUGAACUCUGACAUGGAGCAGCUUGUUCACGGCUCGCAGCUGAACUCCGUCCCCAUGGCCCCGUUAGGUCUUCCCAUGGGGAACGUCCAUGUAGGCCCGGUGCAGAGUUCUGUCAAACCCACGGGCAGUCAGAACGAAUGUCUCCGACAUCAGCAGAGGCCGACCUAUUUGCCACCUUCCCCGCCGAACUCUGAGCCCUCCAGUCCGGACAGGGGGAAGGAGCUCCUCCACAAUCUGUCCCCACCUCCCUCCUAUGAAGCCAGCAUCGCCUCCAAGUUAACUUUUCACACCCAUAAUCCUGUCAACCCAGGGCAAACUUCUGGCGUCCCUCCGAUCCAAAACCCAGACCAGAAUUGCGGUGUGGGAUUAGUCCAAAGUCCAGGUCCUGGGCUGGUCCAGCGUCCAACACUGACACCAGCUCAGACAACACCUGGUGCUGGCCCGAUGUCCCCAGUGUUGGCCCAGUCGGCUCCAUUUAAGAGCAACCGGAGGAGUAAUCCCGAUCUGGAGAGACGGCGGAUUCACCACUGUGACGUUCCAGGUUGCAAGAAGGUGUACACCAAGUCCUCUCAUUUAAAAGCUCACCAGAGGACACACACAGGAGAGAAGCCGUACCAGUGCUCCUGGGAGGGAUGUGAGUGGCGCUUCGCCCGCUCGGAUGAGCUGACUCGCCAUUUCAGGAAGCACACUGGGGCGAAGCCAUUCCAGUGUGCCGUGUGCAGCCGCUGCUUCUCCCGCUCCGAUCACCUGGCCCUGCACAUGAAGAGACACCAGAGCUAGAAAACCUGCUCCUGCAAAUCAAGUUAAUCUUUUUUUUUUUUUCUUUUUUUCCAGUAGAAGUGGACUUACAUAUCAGCAAACAAACAAAUUAAAAACUGUGGAUUUGUUCCACUCACAUCCCAGUGGAGAUAUUAUUAGUAGUGCUGACCCACGAGUAAUUUUCUUUUAUUGUGAAAGGAUCAAAUAAUACUGUUGCCUUAUUUUAUUUACACACGUAUCGCAAUACUGGGGACAUUUGCCAAGGUGUCAGUGAGAAAAAACUUGCCAAAUGAAACGACGACAUAAUAUUUAGUCUUUUUAAGACUUUAUUUUCAUUACACUUUGUUGUACUGCGAAUGACAUACACAACUAUCUCUCAAUUUUUAUCACUGUACAAGUCACGUCAUGUCAUUUACAGACAUUUAUUGAAUUAACUUAGAUAGCAGCUGCAGACAUAUGAACUGGAAGGUCAAAGAGUACGUUGCUUUAGCCCUAGGGUCAACCGACUGAUGUGUGAUAUAGAAAGUGAAAGCAGUUAAUGACACGUGUAGGUACAAAAGGUGUGGAUUUACUGGAAGACACAGCAAGAAGAAGAAGUAUUGGAAUGAGCACUGUUUGCAAGCCAGGCGGAGAGCACAGCAUGACUUUAACACUGCCAGAUUUAUAGAUUAGUUUGCCACUGAGGACAACUUUACUCGCAACAAAAUCUAUAUCUGUUUAUAACGCUGAAAUAAAGGGGAGAUAAUGGCAAUGAGAUAUUUAUCAUAGUCGUUACAGAACUCUUUCAUUUAAUUAUAGAGCGGGUUUAACUUAUUUUUGAUGGGCUUGUUUUGUCCCAUGUUUUCUCCACGCAGCAAUAUCUCAUUUUACACCGAGGAGCUCCGAGUACGUGACAUUUCAGCAGCAGGUCAGGGUUAUUUUUCCUUCUCCCGGAAGUCAUUAUGACGGGCAAAUCCAGACUCGUUCAUUCUGACUUUGUUUCGGCAGGAAAUAAUUUAAGUGUCCGACAUUACAUAUCUUCUGACAGCAUCAGGUUACUUGUGAUUGGUUCCAAAUUGAUGUCUGUGAGUUUGAGAUAUUUUUUUAUUUUUUAUUUUUUUAGAUUCAGACUGAGCACCUGCCAGUCUGAACAUCUGUGCGAGCUUUUGGUUGUCUUUGACUACUGUCCAUGUAUUCAGACACACUUUGAAAGUGCCUUUAACUGCCCGUUUCUUUCUUUGGAUGAAUGAAAAACAAAGCUGCCCCUUUGGGACGAUGUUCUUUUAUCAGGUACUUUACUUUGCUGAAGUGAUUCUGUGUGUUGGCUGCCCCCUCCUCCGUCUCUAUUUAUGACCAAGUUUCUUCGUAAUUUGAGUCAGGCGGGUUGAACAAAAUUGAUUUUUGAAGCCUCCAUAAUUUUUUUAAUAUGUAUAUAUUUUGUAUCUGCUGAAUACAAUCCAUUGAUUGUUUCUGGGUGUACAAAGAUUUUAGACUUUUAUUAUUUUUUUUUUUUCUUAAAUUGCAGAGACUGUUUAUUUUUAACCGUUUUUUUGGCAGAGUCUAAGAAGGAUCGAAUGAUAGAAUAUUGUUGCGGUCUACACUGUCAUCACUUUCUCCAGCCAAGACAGCAGCUCAGUGGCGUCCGUGCCGGUGAAUUAUUGCAAUACUUUGAAAUAUAUACACAAACACACACACACAAAUAUUUUGACGUGAAAGGCGUUCGCAGUAUGUUGUGUCGUAGCUUCAUAACAUGAAGAUGCAGUCCAAAUUGAUCUAAUGUGCUAUGAAGCCAUGUGACCCUCACAGUGCAAAUAAAAGUUCUGAGUUGAGUA